AUGAGCGUGAGUGUCGCGCCCUCUGCCUGCCUGCGCUCUUCUCACCGCUCCUGGGCCCCUCAUCUCCCUCGCCGUUCCCUGCGCACUUCUCCCGCGCGAGCGCUCAACUUGCCGCCCACCUCGGCCAACGGCAGCAAUGGCACCGACGCCAAGUUUCCACCGCCCUCCUUUCCCGCCGCCUUUGGCGAGAACCAGCUCGUGCCGCUGCCCUCUUCCGUCGUCGAGCGUCUCAAGCUGCUGCACGACUCCUUCCGUGCGCCGCUGCGCUUCGCCUUCGCAUAUGGCUCCGGCGUCUUUGCGCAGCAUGCGGGGCCCGAGCACUCGCGCCGGCCUGAAGGACCAAAGGGCAAGAUGGUCGACAUUGUCAUGGCCGUGGCGCACCCGGAACAUUGGCAUGCCGUCAAUAUGGCCCAGCAUCCGAGCCAUUAUAGUAGAGUGGCACGCCUGUUGGGCAGCGGCAUGAUGGCGAGAGUGCAGAAAAUGGGCGCGGGGCUUUGGUACAAUCCGUAUGUCAAGGUGGGAGAUGAGCUCGUCAAGUACGGCGUCAUUUCGGUGGACGAUCUCUGCACGGACCUGCUCGACUGGGAGACACUCUACGUCUCGGGGCGCAUGCACAAGCCCGUCGCCAUGAUGCAGUCCGACGCGCGCGUGCGCCUCGCACAACAGGUCAACCUCACCUCUGCGCUGCGCGUGGCGCUGCUUCUGCUGCCAGAGCGCUUCACCGAGGUGGAGCUGUACACGCGCAUCGCCAGCCUGUCGUAUGUGGGAGACUUUCGCAUGCGAGUGCCCGGCGGCGAAAAUGCCGACAAGGUCAGAAACAUCGUCUUGGGCCAGCGAGAGCAGUUCAGAAGACUCUACGCUGGCCUGCUGAGGAGCUUGGGCACGGUGCAGAUUGUGGAGCGAAGGACGGAUCGGUAUGCCAUGACUCAAGACACAUCCAUCUCGACGCGCGCCUCGUACGCCGCCAAGCUGCCGCUACGUCUGCGUUCCAAGCUGCAAGCGCACUACACCUCCCAUCCCGGCUCCGACGCCGCGUUUCUCGCCCUGUCCCUCUCUUCGCGCUCCGACAAUGUCGCGCGUCGACCGGGCGCGCAGGCGGCCAAGCAGGAUCCGGAGGCGAUGGACAAGUUCUGGAAGGCGGCCGUGGCGCAGACGGACUUCGACAGUGUCCUGCUGGGCAAGAUCGCAGAGACGGUCAGAGGCCCGGCGUGGGGGCAGAGCAUUAAGGGCGUGUACACGGCCGGCCUGACGAGGACGCUCAAGUACGUGGGCGCCAAGAUUGGCAAGGAACGCAGCCAAAAGUCUGCCGAGUCGGCGAAGGAGAAGCAGUAG